GCGACUUUAUUUGCGGAGAGUAUUGACCGCUGUUGCUUCUGUUGCUAUAGCAAGCUACGUAGAAUCCUUGAAAAGAAAAUGGACACCGGUGGGGUGAAGGUCCUGGAGUCAGCAGAGGACAUCCAGGAGCGCCGGCAGCAGGUUCUGGACCGGUACCGGCGCUUUAAGGAGCUGUCGACGGUGCGUCGGCAGAAGCUGGAGGACUCUUACCGCUUCCAGUUCUUCCGCCGAGAUGCUGACGAGCUGGAGAAAUGGAUCCAGGAGAAGCUGCAGAUUGCCUCAGACGAAAGCUACAAGGACCCUACCAACCUGCAGGGCAAGCUGCAGAAGCACCAGGCCUUCGAGGCAGAGGUUCAGGCCAAUGCGGGCGCCAUUGUCAAGCUGGACGAGACUGGCAACCAGAUGAUUACUGAGGGCCACUUUGCUGCAGAGACCAUCCGUACUCGUCUGGAGGAGCUGCACAGGUUGUGGGACAUGCUGCUGCAGAAGAUGAAGGAGAAGGGCGUGUGUCUGCUGCAGGCGCAGAAGCUGGUGCAGUACCUGCGUGAGUGUGAGGAUGCCCUGGACUGGAUCAGCGACAAGGAGGCAAUAGUGACCUCGGAGGAGCUGGGGCAGGACCUGGAGCAUGUGGAGGUCCUGCAGAAGAAGUUUGAGGAGUUUCUGGCUGACCUGGCAGCCCAUGAGGAGCGGGUCAACGAGGUGAACCAGCAGGCGGGGCGGCUGGUGCAGGAGUCCCACCCGGAGGCGGAGCUGAUCUCCAAGAAGCAGGCCGAGGUGAACGCUGCCUGGCAGAGGCUGAAGGGCCUGUCCCAGCAGAGGCAGGGGAAGCUGUUUGGUUCGGCUGAGGUGCAGAGAUUCAACAGGGAUGUGGAUGAAACAAUCAGCUGGAUUAAGGAGAAGGAGCAGCUUAUGGCAUCUGAUGAUUUUGGGAGGGACCUGGCGAGCGUGCAGGCCCUUCUGCGCAAACAUGAGGGGCUGGAGAGAGACCUGGCAGCCCUGGGAGACAAGGUGAACACCCUGGGUGUGGAGGCGGAGCGUCUCCAGAAGACGCACCCCCACAAUGCCACUCAGAUCCAGCUGAAGAGGGAUGAGCUCAUCACUAACUGGGAGCAGAUCCGCGCUCUGGCCGCUGAGCGCCACACCCACCUCAAUGACUCGUACAGGCUGCAGCGCUUCAUUGCAGAUUUCCGCGACCUGACCAGCUGGGUGACGGAGAUGAAGGCGCUGAUCAAUGCUGAUGAGCUGGCCAACGAUGUCGCUGGGGCUGAAGCUCUUCUGGACCGGCACCAGGAGCAUAAGGGGGAGAUUGAUGCCCAUGAGGAUGGCUUUAAGGCCACAGAUGAGGCAGGUCAGGCCCUGUUGAACAUGGGACAUUAUGCCUCAGAGGAGGUGAAGGAGAAGUUGGGUGUCCUGGCUGCGGAGAAGCAGUCCCUGCUGGAGCUGUGGGAGCUGCGCAGACAGCAGUACGAGCAGUGCAUGGACCUGCAGCUCUUCUACAGGGACACUGAGCAGGUCGACAACUGGAUGAGCAAGCAGGAGGCCUUCCUGUUGAAUGAAGACCUGGGCGACUCUCUGGACAGCGUGGAGGCUCUGCUGAAGAAACAUGAGGACUUUGAGAAAUCUCUUAGUGCUCAGGAGGAAAAGAUCACUGCCCUGGAUGAAUUUGCCACUAAACUGAUCCAGAACAAUCACUAUGCCAAGGAAGAUGUGGCUCUGCGCAGAGAUGCGCUUCUGAGCCGGCGCAACGCCCUUCACCAGCGCGCACAGGCGCGCCGUGCUGCCCUGGAUGACUCCUUCCACCUGCAGCAGUUCUUCCGGGACUCCGAUGAGCUCAAGAGCUGGAUCAACGAGAAGAUGAAGACCGCCACCGACGAGGCCUACAAGGACCCCUCCAACCUGCAGGGCAAAGUGCAGAAGCACCAGGCGUUUGAAGCUGAGCUCUCGGCCAAUCAGAGCCGCAUCGAUGCCCUUCAGAAGUCAGGGCAGGAGCUGAUUGACCGAAAACACUAUGCUAAGGAUGAAGUGUCUGCCCGCAUGGAGGAAGUCGGCACACAGUGGAAGAAGCUUCUGGAAGCCACCGAGCUGAAAGGCAUCAAGCUUCGGGAGGCUAACCAGCAGCAGCAGUUCAACCGCAAUGUGGAGGACAUAGAGCUGUGGCUGUAUGAGGUCGAAGGUCACCUGGCGUCUGAUGACUACGGCAAGGAUCUGACAAGCGUGCAGAACCUGCAGAAGAAGCACGCCCUGCUGGAGGCUGAUGUGACUGCGCACCAGGACCGCAUCGACGGUAUUACCAUCCAGGCCCGUCAGUUCCAGGAGGCGGGCCACUUUGAUGCCGACAACAUCCGCAAGAAGCAGGAGGCACUGGUGUCACGGUAUGAGUCACUGAAGGAGCCCAUGGCAGCGAGGAAGCAGAAGCUCUCCGAUUCACUGCGCCUGCAGCAGCUGUUCCGCGACAUAGAGGAUGAGGAGACCUGGAUCCGCGAGAAGGAGCCUAUCACAGCGUCCACCAACAGGGGGAAAGACUUGAUCGGAGUUCAGAACCUGCUGAAGAAGCACCAGGCACUGCAGGCUGAGAUUGCUGGACAUGAGCCUCGUAUCAAGGCUGUUACCCAGAAGGGCCAGGCUAUGGUGGAGGAAGGCCACUUCGCUGGCGAGGAGGUGAAGGUGAAGCUGCAGGACCUGAGUGGGCGCUGGGACACACUGAAGAAGAAGGCAUCCCAGCGCAGGCAGGACCUGGAGGACUCUCUUCAGGCACAGCAGUACUUCGCCGAUGCCAACGAGGCCGAGUCCUGGAUGAGGGAGAAGGAGCCCAUUGUGGGGAGCACCGACUAUGGCAAAGAUGAGGAUUCUGCUGAGGCUCUGCUGAAGAAGCACGAAGCUCUGAUGUCAGACCUGAGCGCCUAUGGCAGCAGCAUCCAGGCACUGAAGGAGCAGGCCCAGGCCUGCAGGCAACAAGUGGCCCCAACCGAUGACGAGACGGGCAAGGAGCUGGUGCUCGCUCUGUAUGACUACCAGGAGAAGAGUCCCCGCGAGGUCACCAUGAAGAAAGGAGACAUCCUCACUCUGCUCAACAGCACCAACAAGGACUGGUGGAAGGUGGAGGUGAACGAUCGCCAGGGCUUUGUUCCCGCUGCCUACGUGAAGAAGCUUGACCCGGCCCAGUCCUCAUCCCGGGAGAACCUCCUGGAUGAGCAAGGCAGCAUCUCUGCCCGCCAGGACCAGAUUGACCGCCAGUCUCAGGUGAAGGAGGUGUACAGUGUGUCUGUGCGCAUGACACAGGUGGAGGAACUGUAUGGCAACCUGCUGGAAAUGGGGGAGAAACGGAAGAACAUUCUAGAAAACAGCUGCAAGAAGUUCAUGCUCUUCCGAGAGGCAAACGAGCUGCAGCAAUGGAUUAACGAGAAGGAGGGUGCCCUCACCAGUGAGGAGGUUGGGUCCGACCUGGAGCAGGUGGAGGUGCUUCAGAAGAAGUUUGACGAUUUCCAGAAGGACCUGAAGGCUAAUGAAUCACGCCUGAAGGACAUCAACAAGGUGGCAACGGAGCUGGAGUCUGUGGGUUUAAUGGCAGAAGAGGCACAGCAACAACAAAUGCUUGGAUCUGCUCCAGGAUCAGGGAAAGAUGAAGCAGACUCCAAAAACACAUCACCAUGGAAGUCCAUUCGCUUGGCUGUACAAACGACGGCCAACUUUAAUAGCAUUAAGGACCUGAAUGAUCGGUGGAAGAGUCUGCAGCAGCUGGCGGAGGAAAGGAGUAAUCUUCUAGGGAGCGCACACGAGGUGCAGAGAUUCCACAGGGAUGCUGAUGAGACCAAAGAGUGGAUCGAGGAGAAGAACCAGGCUUUGAACACUGACAACUACGGCCAUGACCUGGCAAGCGUGCAGGCCCUGCAGCGCAAGCAUGAGGGCUUCGAGAGAGACCUGGCAGCUCUUGGAGACAAGGUAAAAUCUCUGGGCGAGACAGCAGAUCGGCUUACACAGUCCCACCCAGAGGCUGAGGAGGACAUCAAAGUGAAGCGCAGCGAGCUGAACACAGCCUGGACCAGCCUUGUGGGCCGAGCCGACCAGCGCAAGGAAAAACUUGGAAACUCCCAUGACCUCCAGCGCUUCCUCACUGACUUCAGGGACCUGAUGUCCUGGGUCAAGGGGAUCAGGGGACUCGUGUCCUCGGAGGAACUGGCUAAGGAUGUGACUGGAGCUGAAGCUCUGCUGGAGAGACACCAGGAGCACCGCACAGAGAUCGAUGCCCGCGCCGGAACCUUCCAGGCCUUUGAGCAGUUCGGGCAGGAGCUGCUGUCACGCGGCCACUACGCCAGUCCUGAGAUCCAGCAGAAACUGCAGGAGCUGGACCGGGAGCGGGCUGACCUGGAGAAGGCCUGGGUCCAGCGCAGGAUGAUCCUGGAUCAGUGUCUGGAGCUGCAGCUGUUUAACCGUGACUGCGAGCAGGCGGAGACCUGGAUGGCUGCGCGGGAGGCCUUCCUGGCGAGCGAUGAUAAGGGCGACUCCCUGGACAGCGUGGAGGCGCUUAUCAAAAAGCACGAAGACUUCGACAAGGCCAUCAAUGUGCAGGAGGAGAAGAUAGCUGCCCUGCAGUCCUUUGCUGACCAGCUGAUUGGAGCAGACCACUAUGCCAAGUCAGAAAUCGCUGCCCGGCGCAACGAAGUGCUGGACAGGUGGCGUCGCCUGAAGGCGCAGAUGAUCGAGAAGCGCUCCAAGCUGGGCGAAUCACAGACGCUGCAGCAGUUCAGUCGCGAUGUGGACGAGAUCGAGGCCUGGAUCAGCGAGAAGCUGCAGACAGCCACGGACGAGUCCUACAAGGACCCCACCAACAUCCAGCUGUCCAAACUGUUGAGCAAGCACCAGAAGCACCAGGCCUUCGAGGCAGAGCUGCACGCCAACGCAGACAGGAUCCGCGGUGUCAUUGACACAGGCAACGCCCUCAUACAGAGGGGCGCCUGUGCAGGGAGUGAGGAUGCUGUGAAGGCGCGUCUCCGAGCCCUGGAUGAACAGUGGCAGUUCCUGGUCCAGAAGUCUGCUGAGAAGAGCCAGAAGCUCAAGGAAGCCAACAAGCAGCAGAACUUCAACACUGGCAUCAAGGACUUCGACUUCUGGCUGUCUGAGGUGGAAGCUCUGCUUGCCUCUGAGGAUUAUGGGAAAGAUUUGGCCUCUGUGAACAACCUUCUGAAGAAACAUCAACUUCUAGAGGCAGACAUUUCUGCCCAUGAGGAGCGUCUGAAAGACCUGAACAGCCAGGCCGACAGCCUGAUGUCCAGUGAUGCCUUUGACACCACCCUGGUAAAGGACAAGCGCAAUGCUGUCAAUGCCCGCUUUGCCAAGAUUCAGAACAUGGCCUCCAGUCGCCGAGCCAAGCUCAACGAGUCCCACCGCCUGCACCAGUUCUUCAGGGACCUGGACGAUGAGGAGUCCUGGAUCAAAGAGAAGAAGCUGCUGGUGAGCUCAGAGGAUUAUGGCCGUGAUCUGACUGGAGUGCAGAACCUGAGGAAGAAACACAAGAGGCUGGAGGCUGAGCUGGGCACCCACGAGCCAGCAAUACAGUCUGUGCUGGACACAGGGAGGAAGCUUUCCGAUGACAACACCAUUGGGCAGGAAGAGAUCCAGCAGAGACUGGCCCAGUUUGUGGAGCACUGGAAGGAGCUGAAGGACCUGGCUGCGGCACGGGGCAAGAGGCUGGAGGAGUCUCUGGAGUUUCAGCAGUUUGUGGCGAAUGUGGAGGAGGAGGAGGCCUGGAUCAAUGAGAAACUCAACCUGGUUGGAAGCGAGGAUUAUGGAGACACACUGGCAGCCGUGCAGGGCUUACUGAAGAAGCAUGAGGCAUUUGAAACAGACUUCACAGUGCAUAGAGACCGAGUGAGCGACGUGUGUGCAAAUGGAGAAGAGCUCAUUAAGAAGAAAAACCACCAUGCAGACAAUAUCAGUGCCAGGAUGAAGGCCCUUAAGGGCAAGGUGACAGAGCUGCAGAAGGCAGCAGCCCAGAGGAAGGCCAAGCUGGACGAGAACUCUGCCUUCCUGCAGUUCAACUGGAAGGCCGAUGUGGUGGAGUCCUGGAUUGGUGAGAAAGAGAACAGUCUGAAGACUGACGAUUAUGGCCGCGAUCUCUCCUCUGUCCAAACACUUCUCACCAAACAGGAGACAUUUGACGCUGGGCUGCAGGCCUUCCAGCAGGAGGGCAUCACCAACAUCACCGCCCUGAAGGACCAGCUGCUGGCGGCCAAACACGUGCAGUCUCGCGCUAUCGAGGACCGCCACGCCGCCCUCAUGAAGCGCUGGAACCAGCUGCUCUCCAACUCCGCUGCCCGCAAGAAGAAGCUGCUGGAAGCUCAGGAGCAUUUCAGGAAGGUAGAGGACCUCUUCCUGACCUUCGCCAAGAAGGCGUCGGCCUUCAACAGCUGGUUCGAGAACGCAGAGGAGGACCUGACGGACCCGGUGCGCUGCAACUCGCUGGAGGAGAUCCGCGCCCUGCGCGAUGCUCACGAGGCCUUCCGCUCCUCCCUCAGCUCCGCCGAGGCCGACUACAACCAGCUGGCCGAGCUGGACCGCCAGAUCCGCAGCUACCAGGUGGUGUCCAACCCCUACACCUGGUUCACCAUGGAAGCCCUGGAGGAGACCUGGAGGAACCUGCAGAAGAUCAUCAAGGAGCGAGAGCUUGAGCUGCAGAAGGAACAGCGCCGCCAGGAGGAGAAUGAUAAACUGCGUCAGGAGUUUGCACAGCAUGCCAACGCCUUUCACCAGUGGCUGCAGGAGACCAGGACAUAUCUUCUGGAUGGCAUAGCCUAUCGCCGGGUUAUCCAUGUCUAUCAGUACGAAGUCGGUGACGACCUCUCUGGAAGAUCCUGUAUGGUGGAAGAAUCUGGAACUUUGGAAUCUCAGCUGGAGGCUACUAAGCGUAAGCACCAGGAGAUCCGGGCCAUGCGCAGUCAGCUAAAGAAGAUUGAGGAUCUGGGGGCGGCCAUGGAGGAGGCCCUGAUCCUGGAUAACAAGUACACAGAGCACAGCACGGUGGGGCUGGCACAGCAAUGGGACCAGCUGGACCAACUGGGCAUGAGGAUGCAGCACAACCUGGAACAGCAAAUUCAGGCCAGGAACACCACUGGUGUGACAGAGGAGGCCCUCAAAGAAUUCAGCAUGAUGUUUAAGCAUUUUGACAAGGAAAAGACUGGACGUCUGAACCAUCAGGAGUUCAAGUCCUGUCUGCGUUCGCUGGGGUAUGACCUGCCCAUGGUGGAGGAGGGCGAGUCCGACCUGGAGUUCGAGUCCAUUCUCGACACAGUGGAUCCAAACAGGGAUGGCCAGGUGUCCCUGCAGGAGUACAUGGCCUUCAUGAUCAGCCGAGAGACAGAGAACGUCAAGUCGAGCGAGGAGAUUGAGAGCGCCUUCCGAGCCCUGAGCGCUGAGAACAAACCAUACGUCACCAAGGAAGAGCUGUAUCAGAACCUGACAAAGGAGCAGGCAGACUACUGCAUCUCUCACAUGAAACCCUACCUGGACAGCAAGGGUCGCGAGAUGCCAUCAGCCUUCGACUUUGUCGAAUUCACUCGCUCGCUCUUCGUCAACUGACCCGCCCCCCCUCUACCCGCCAGUGACCAAUCGGGAUGCGUUUUCCCCACAGCCUAUUAGCAUGAUUCUGCGUUCUCCUCUUGCACUCGAUAGCUCCAGCUGUCUGUCUGUCUGUGUGCUUCUAUUACAAUAGCCUCGUGAAAUUGUCAGCAUUCUAUUGUGGUGUUUUAGGUGUUAAUGUGCUUUGCUUGGUUUCAAACCCAUACAAAGGAUAACGAUAACGCCACUUAGAAGAUUGCAGUGUGCUUAAUUAAACGCUACUGGUUCA